AUGGAAAACCACCUCGCCGACACCGUGCAUUCCCACUUCAAGGAGCGGGACUUACCCGUGAAGCGCGAUGCAAUUAUUUCAGCCCUGGAAGACCACGCCACAGGCAAGGAGAAUGCGCAAUGGGUGUCAAAACAUCUGCACCCUGAUACCCUGCUCUCGCGAGAAGAGCUAGCUUUGUACAACAAACUCUCGCAGACGGGCAAUCUACAUCCCAUAUUACGUGAACCGGACCUCGAUGCGACGCGACCGUUUUUGGAAACGGAUAUUCGGGCGGCGAUUCAGUCGCUCCAGAGCUCGACGGCUACGGUUCAGAAACAAUCAGAUACGCUUUCGAGACAAUGUGACCUCCUCAGAAAGCAGCUUCGUCAACAGCAGAGGUUGGAUGAUGACCGGGCGAAGGAUAUCGCGCGGCUAAGGAAGAAGCAUGAGGCUGGGAGGCAGAAUACAACAAUCGCGGCCAAUGAACUUUCCGACAAUCUUGAAGCGGGCUUUAGGAGCGCGACAGAGUCGGCGGGUGCUGAGAAUAGGAGGAUUCUCUCCACGCUAUCCACUCAGCUGAAGCAGGACGAUAAGAGCCUCAAUCACUUGGAGAAUCUCAUGUCGAGCAUCAAGUUUAAUAGCAAUGAUGCGGAUACGGUUAAGCGGACGGCUCAGCUCAGUUCGGUUCUUGCGGACUAUGUGGCUGAGGAGAUCCACGAUCGAUUGGAUAGAUUGUACCUUGAGGAAAUCGAAGCCGGAGAGUCUGCGUCUGCGUCCGCGAUAAACCAGCCUUCGAUUGAAGCAGAGACAGUCCUGGCCUUGGAAGAGGAACUCGGAUCCUUGUUCCCAGAGAUCGAGGUCUUGGCGGAGAUGUCGACGCGUCAGGAAUUCCAGGAGCCGAUCCUCCGGGAGAUCCAGAAUGAACACAGUCAACUUCGAGUUGUGUCGCAUCAAAAAUUGGAAAGGGUCCUCGAUAGUAUGGUCGACAUGACAUUGUCCAAACAAGACUUAAUCAAACAGCUCAAGGACCGGGGCUCAGCAAAUGAAGUCCUAGAACAACUAGCCAACUUAUACCAGGCAGAAACCUCCAUCCCACUCGUGCCCCAGCCCUCAUCUCGACGCGAGUCAUUAAGACGGCGCUCGCUACAACCAGGCAUGAUUCUCUCCGCUGCGCGUAACCCGGGCUCCUCUAUACCUGAUCAACCACAACCAGUAUUGGAAAGCCUCCUCCGACGCGUCGGGCUAUCGCCAGAAUCGGUCCUUCGUCCGCGGGCAGACAAUGAGGGUGGCAGUGCUCAAGGAAUGCACGAGAAGCGAAUUCAAAUGGCAGAGACAUUGCGGAGUCUGGGCACUGCGGUGAACUCUCCACUUGUGGGACAAUUGGCAGUCUCUGACCACGCGAUGCGGCUCUUGACUUCGUCAUUGCAUGCGAAUUCCAAGUUUGAGACCUCGCUGCCGGAUCCCGGGCAAUCGGAUGCGCUCGAGGCUUUGGAGAGCGAUCUUGCUGAGCUCCAGAAGGGCGUCAAGGGGAUUGAUUUGGAGGUUUUGCACCAACGGGAUAAAUCUCGGGCGAGACUGUUGGAGAAAUGGGGUUAG